GAAAGGUUUACUUGAACGAAAUCCUCACAGUCAAAACAGUAUGCAAACCAAACAUGGAAGUGGGAGGGGUUUAAAGCGCUCUUUUGUCAGAUGAGAGGUGUGCAUCUGUCAGGUUGCUUACAGAGUCAGAGUCCAGACCGUGUAAUUUUAUCAUAUCCACACUGCUAACAAGCCCAGCUAGAGCCAUGUCGUCCCUCUCCGUCCCGCCACCAAAAUGUCUCCAGAAAACCUUUGUGGCUCCGCGGCGACACAUGUUUGGACCCGGACCGUCCAAUGUUCCUCCUCGCAUCUUAGCGGCAGGGGCCGAGCCCAUCAUCGGUCACAUGCAUCCAGAAAUGCUCGAGAUAAUGAGUGACAUCAAGAGUGGGAUCCAAUACGCCUUCCAGACCCAGAACAACAUGACAAUAGCAGUGAGUGGCACAGGACACACGGCCAUGGAGUGUGCCAUCUUCAACGCAGUAGAGCCAGGCGAAGGGGUUCUCACCGCGGUCAAUGGGAUCUGGGGAGAACGGGCAGCGGAGAUGGCAGAGAGGAUAGGUGCCAGAGUUAAUUCCAUUGUGACUACUGCAGGGGGCUAUUUCACCAGUGAAGAGAUUGAUCAGGCCCUGGCCAAACACAAGCCUGUGCUGUUCUUCCUAACCCACGGAGAAUCCUCCACAGGAGUAGUUCAUCCACUAGAUGGCAUUGGAGACAUAUGUCACAAGCACAACUGUCUGUUUCUCGUUGACUGUGUGGCUUCAAUGGGAGGUGCCCCACUUUACAUGGACAAACAAGGUAUCGACAUCCUGUACUCUGGCUCACAGAAGGUCCUAAAUGCCCCACCUGGGACCGCUCCCAUUUCCUUCAGUGAAAGAGCAUGCCAGAAAGUAUUCAAUCGGAAAACAAAGCCAGUGUCGUUCUUCCUGGACAUGACCUGGCUGGCAAACUACUGGGGCUGUGACGGCAAACCUACUAGAAUAUACCACCACACUGCGCCUGUGUCUGCCUUCUACUCUCUCCGGGAGAGUCUGGCUAUCCUCGCUGAACAGGGUCUGGAGAACUCCUGGCAAAGACACAAGGAAGUAGCACAAUACUUUCAUGAAGGCCUAGAGAAAAUGGGCCUCAAACUGUUUGUGAAAGACAAGAACGCCAGGUUGCCCACGGUCACCACUAUAGUAGCACCCCCUGGAUAUGACUGGAAGGAGAUCACCAGCUACAUCAUGAAGAAUCACAACCUAGAGAUCUCUGGAGGACUGGGACCAUCCGUUGGCCAGGUGCUGCGUGUGGGACUGAUGGGGGGUAACAGCAGCAAGGCCAGUGUUGACAUGGUGCUGGAGGCCCUGAGAGAUGCUCUCAGAUACUGUCAUAAAAGCAAAGUAUAACAUGGCUCAAACUCUUCCAUAAUAGCAAGGUCAAAGUCUGGAUCAACAUUGUAAACCGUCUCUUGCAAGGUCAAACAUGGCUAAAACACUGCCAUAAGAACAAAUCAUAACAUGGCUGUCUGAAAGUCAGUUUAAGUCAGCUUUGAUAUCAGGGAAGAACAAUUAAUGGAUAUAUGUUGAAUCAAAAAUAAUAAUAAUAAUAAAGUAUGAUUUGUUUGUUUCCUCUGAUACAAGUGUUGUGUAAACUUCUAAUCAAAUACAUGUUAUUAAGUGAUUGUGUGUUUUCCUUUCAUUUGAUUAAAAACAAAGCAAUGUUCUCAAUG